AGUAUCUUGGGCUUUUGAGCACUCAUUCUCUCCUCGAUCUCGCGUGUUUCAGGGGAAGCGAGCCUCCCUAAACAACCUAAUCCAUGAACGCUUUCAGACUCACUCAAAAACGAUCGAGACUUCACAGCGUCACUGUUACACCCUUCACUAGGUCAAAGUCACGCACACGACUCAAAAACUGCAAUGCAAAACGGCAUCUAUUCUCUCUCUCUCCACCCGCCCCACCCCACAAUAGCUUUUCAGGCCAUCAGCUUAGAAAGAGACAACGCCCCAUAAAUCUAUAUUAACACAUUGUUGUUCUUUCUCGCAGCCAUACCCCAUGUUCCAUGCCCUUCCAUAAUAUAAUACAAUGCUUGCUUGCUCCCUUUACAAGCUCUAGAUAGUACCCUAGCAUCAAGUUCUCC